GCCAAGAGCCGGCGCCGGCUCCUCCGCCCUCACCCCUCUCCCCCUCAGCCGGGGGCUGCGCGGGGCGCUCAGGGGCCGGAGCAGGGACGGCCGGAGGGCAGCCAGGCCCCCCGCGGCCCGGCCACCCCCCUCACGGGAGCGGCGGCGGGAAGAACGGGAGGAAGGAGGAGCGGGAGGAGCGGCGGCGGCCCGCCGUCGCUAUGGCAACGCAACGGCCGCAAACCGCUCCCGGGGUGCGCUGCGACGGCGGCCGAGCCCACCGGCGCGGGGUCGGAGCCGGAACGCCGGGAGCAGGCGCGACGCGUCGCUUCGAAGGCGGGGGUGUUGCACAGCGCGAGGAGAAGGGGUGCGGGGUCAGGUUUUAGGAGGUGGAAACCGGGCGCAACGGGCCACCAGAGGAGCCCCCUUGCCCACGCCAUGCCUCUCUUCGGGAGCACCUUCAGCCCAAAGAAGACCCCCCCCAGGAAAUGCGCCUCCCUCUCCAACCUGCACUUGCUGGAUAGAUCGACCCGGGAGAUUGAGCUGGGCUUGGAGUACGGCAUCCCCACCAUGAACCUCGCCGGCCAGAGCCUGAAGUUUGAAAAUGGCCAGUGGGUGGCAGAAGCAGGAAGCUUCACUGGGGACCGCAGGGAGAUGCAGCGCUUGCGCAAACGAAACCAGCAGCUCGAGGAAGAAAACAACCUCCUUCGGCUGAAAGUGGAUAUUCUGCUGGACAUGCUCUCCGAGACCACGGCCGAGUCCCACCUGAUGGAGAAGGAGCUGGAGGAGCUGAAGAACCACAGCCGGAGGAGGAAGUGAAGAAGAAGAGGCAGCUGGAGCUGGGGUGGGGGGGGGGGGGAGCAAGGAGGCAGACGCCGGGGCUGGUUUGGGGUGCCCAGCCGCGCAGGUGCUGCCCGUAGGUACUUCAUUCCGCGGCACCACGCGUAGCAAGAUGCUGCUGGUACCGCGUGGUGCUGCUGGUACUGUGUAACGGCUGGCUCAGCACCCCAACAAGGCACGCCGCCACGCUGUUAAUUCACGCUCGACGUUUUUUGGUCCUUUCUGCCCCUUGGAGCACUUUACCUUGCUGAGUUUCCUCGCCGCAGCCCAGCAGUAGGUACCCUCUUUGCUAAGGCACCCUGAGGACAGGCGGUGGAGCAGCUCCACCUCCGGGUGGGGGCCCUUCCCCGCCUGCUGUGCUGAAAAACGCAAGGAGACCCAGCCGUCCCCCCCCCCCCCCCCCCCCCCCCCAAACUUUUCCCCUGCGGGAGGGCUUGCAGAAGCUUCACCGCUUGCCUUGGGCGAGCAGGACGCAGGAGCUGCUUGUUCUCAAGGUUUUUGCAGACCGUGUCUGAAAAAAAAAAAUUACAAUCAAAA